UGGUUGGUGGUUUUCCUUCCUUCCUUCCUUCCUUUCCUUCAGUCCUGUUUCCUUAAGUUAACGGUCGAUCUUAGCUGGCUGAAGUUUGAGGAUCCAGAACCUUUAAGGGUUCUCAACUAAAAUUGGUAUGAAGUAUAAAAAGGAUUCAUGAAACAAUAGAGGAGCUAAAGGGAACCUAAGGGUAAUCGUAAAGGAACCUUUUGGGGGUCUUAGUGGAACUACAAAGGAAUCUCAGGGUAAUCGUGGGAGGAUGCUGGGAGCACCCCAGAGGAACUAUAAGAUAAUGUUAGUGGAACCUUACGGGAGUGCAGGAUGAACCUUAGCGUACCUUUUAGCGGCUGAUAGAAUAAAGAACUUUAGGGGAACCUGAAGAUUAUCUUUGGAGAAUGCUAGAAGGGGAAUUUUAGAGGACCUAUAGGAGAAACUUAGGGGGGUGCAUGGCUUUAGAUCUAAAGAGUAAUGUGAUGGCAAACACUGUCCCUGUAGAGGUGGGUCUCUCCUUCUCCUAGGACACCAAGACCUAGAGAUGAUGUUGAACUUCACCUCAGACUUAACGGACAGACCGUCUCCUCUUAGAAUGCGACCUGAACGGCGAGACUCCGGUUUACUGAGGCUUCAACAAAAGCUCCUGCGUAAGAUGUUCAGGUCUCCUGAUCCUUCUUCAGUUCCCAAACGGGAUCUCAAGAUAGCAAUGACUGAAACAGCCGCCAAGUGGCGACAGCGACUGUGAGUGCUGGAGGAGACGACCGCCGUAGAAGAAGAAGCAGCGGCUGUAGCGGAAGUGAUCAGCUGACUGAUUUGAAGUUAAAACCAACGCUAACAGUAAUUCAUCAGUAUCAUCAUCAAACUGGAGACGUUUCAUCUCUCCGGAGGGAAACAACAUGGCGUUCAUCACAGCCAACUGGAACCCGCUGGGAGAAGCUUUUUAUCGUAAAACUGAGCUGUAUGAGAUGUGCUGGAACCUGAGAGAUGGACUCAGAGACUGUUUGGUGGCUGCAGCUCCGUAUGGAGGACCCAUCGCUCUCCUCAGAGAACCUCAAAGACGUUCUCCCAGUUCUCGUCCUCAGCUAGAGAUUUAUUCUGCUGCCGGAGUCGCGAUCACCAGCUUCCCGUGGAAGAGUGGUCCAGUGGUCCACUUGGGUUGGACAGUCAGUGAUGAGCUGUUGUGUAUUCAAGAGGACGGAUCAGUGCUGAUCUACGAUCUGUUCGGAUCCUUCAAGAGACACUUCAGCAUGGGGCAGGAAGUGGUCCAGAGUCAAGUGUUAGAAGCCAAAGUGUUCCACUCUCCUUAUGGAACAGGCGUCGCCAUAGUAACCGGCUCCUCUCGCUUCACCUUGGCAACCAACAUCGAUGAUCUGAAGCUCCGGAGAUUACCUGAAGUGCCAGGUCUGCAGGGGAGGCCGUCAUGUUGGGUCGUCCUCACUCAGGACAGACAGACGAAAGUCCUGCUGUCCAACGGACCUGAGCUCUACAUUCUGGACAACACGUCUUGUACUGCUGUGUGUCCUCCAGGUUUCAGUCCUCAGGCCGGCAGUAUCGUCCACAUGGCUGUGUCUUUUAGCUAUAAAUACUUAGCUCUCUUCACUGACACUGGACACCUUUGGACAGGCUCCUCCCACCUCCAGGACAAACUGAGUGAAGUUGACACCAAAAAGUCAACACCUCCCAGACAGAUGGUCUGGUGUCGCAGACCAAAAAGUCAGCAGCCGUCUGUGGUGUUGAUGUGGGAUAGACUGCUCAUGGUGGCUGGAGUCUGUAACGACACCAUCCAGUUCCCUAUAGAGGAUCAGUGUGUUUUGGUUGGAGAGCUGGAUGGAAUUCGGAUUAUCAGCUCAACCAGUCAGGAGCUGCUUCAGGAGGUUCCUCUUGUCUGUCAGGAUAUCUUCAAGAUCGCUUCCAUGGCUCCUGGAGCUCUGUUGCUGGAGGCCCACAGGGAGUACGAGAAGUCAAGUCAAAAGGCUGACGAGUACCUAAGGGAGAUCAAAGAGCAAAGCAUGCUGGGAGAAGCUGUCAGACAGUGUGUAGAGGCAGCAGGACAUGAAUAUGACACGAACACCCAGAAAUCCCUGCUGAGGGCGGCGUCGUUCGGGAAGUGUUUUCUGACCGACUUCAGUCCGGAUCCGUUUGUGUCAACCUGCAGAGAACUCAGAGUCCUGAACGCUGUCAGAGAGAGCAGCGUAGGCCUGCCACUGACACACACACAAUUCAAACAGAUGACUCUGCAGGUGCUCAUCGACAGGUUGGUGUAUCGACAGUUUUAUCCCUUGGCGAUAGAAAUCUGUCGUUACCUGAAGAUUCCAGAUUAUCAGGGAGUCAGCAGAGUCCUCAAACACUGGGCUUCAUGCAAGGUGCAGCAGAAGGACCUAUCAGACGAGGCCAUAGCUCGAGCCGUGUGUGUGAAGGUGGGAGACUCACCUGGUGUUUCUUACUCGCACAUCGCAGCUAAAGCUUACGAGUGUGGACGCACUGAGCUCGCCAUCAAGUUGCUGGAUUUUGAGGCUCGCUCUGGAGAACAGGUUCCUCUGCUGUUGAAGAUGAAGAGGAGUCAGUUGGCUCUCAGUAAAGCUGUGGAGAGUGGAGACACUGACCUGGUUUACACGGUGGUGACUUACCUGAAGAAUGAGAUGAACCGCGGAGAUUUCUUUAUGACGCUGAGGAACCAACCGGUCGCACUCAGCCUCUACAGACAGUUCUGUAAACUGCAGGAACAGGAAACGCUGAAGGAUCUUUAUAACCAGGAUGACGAUCACCAGGAACUCGCCAACUACUACGUUACUGCCAGUUACAGAGAAAAGAGGUUAGAGAGCCGUCUGUCUCUCCUGCAGAGUGCUGUUGAUGAAUACAACAAGGCCAAGAAUGAGUUUGCUGCAAAGGCCACAGAGGACGAGAUGCGGCUCCUUCGUUUCCAACGAAAACUGGAUGAUGAGAAAGGGGCGGGGCUACUGGGGCUGUCCCUUCAGGCGACGAUGGAGGCUCUGCUGGCUUUAGGACUCCACAAACAAGCAGAACAACUUUACAGAGACUUCAGGGUUCCUGAUAAAAGGUAUUGGUGGUUGAAACUUAAGUCUCUGGCAGAGAAGGAGGAGUGGGAGGAGUUAGAGAAGUUCUCAAAGAGCAAGAAGUCUCCUAUUGGCUACCUGGCUUUUGUUGAAGUUUGCAUUAAGAGCAACAACAAGUACGAAGCGAAGAAGUACGUUUCUAAGGUAACGCCUGAGCAGAAGGUCAAAGCUCACCUUGCUGUCAGUGAUCUUGAGGGGGCAGCAGAGGCCGCAAUCGAACGCAGAAAUGAAGCGGAGAUGGCGGCGGUUCUCGCCAGGUGCUCCACGUCCGACCGCUCGUUGAUUGACAGAUUGACUCGAGCCCGAGCUUCCGCUGCCAAAAAGUGAUCCACCGUUCAGAGUGAAUCAGCAGAGAUGUCAGCUGCUCUGCUGCUAAAAAAUGAGCCUCAGUUUACUUUCUGACACACAGAGCAGGCGUUACCAUAGCAACUGCCUGGAGUCUUUUUUCUUCAUGUGCUUCAGUAUCAAAACUAACACAGUCGAUGACAUUGUAUGAAGUUGUUAAAUAUUUUCUUCUUCUGUGUUUCUGUGUAAACUUGAAUAAAACUCUUCCAGUCCUUCA